GGCUGAGCUCGCCAGCCUGGUGCCUGCAGCCGGAGCCGGGCUCCGGCUUGGCGGGCAGGGGCCAGGUGUCCUGGAACAAGUGCGGCCCGGGAGGAGACUGGCUGCCCGGCGGCCGGCAGAAGGUCUGCGAGCAGAUGGGCUCCGAUGUCCGAGACCUCAACGCGCUGCUGCCCUCCGUGCCCUCCCUGCCGGGCAACAGCAACUGCACCAUGCCUGUGAGCAGCGCGGCUCAGUGGGCUCCCGUCCUGGAUUUCCCCCCGGGAGCCUCCUACGGCUCGCUGGGGCCUCACUCCUUCAUCAAGCAGGAGCCGAGCUGGAACGGAUCGGACCCGCACGAGGAGCAAUACCUGAGCGCCUUCACCGUCCACUUCUCGGGCCAGUUCACCGGCACGGCCGGCGCUUGCCGCUACGGGCCCUUCGGCGCCUCGCCGCCCAGCCAGCCGCCCUCCGGCCAGGCGAGGAUGUUCCCCAACGGGCCCUACCUGCCCAACUGCCUGGAGAGCCAGCAAGCGAUCCGCAACCAGGGUUACAGCACCGUGGCGUUCGACGGGACCCCGAGCUAUGGCCACACGCCGUCUCACCACGCCGCUCAGUUUACAAACCACUCCUUCAAACACGAGGACCCCAUCAGCCAGCAGCCCUCGCUAGGGGACCAGCAGUAUUCGGUGCCCCCCCCGGUGUACGGCUGUCACACCCCCACCGAUAGCUGCACGGGCAGCCAGGCCCUGCUCCUCCGGACCCCGUACAACAGUGACAAUUUGUACCAAAUGACCUCCCAGCUCGAAUGCAUGACAUGGAAUCAAAUGAACUUGGGAUCCACACUGAAGGGCCAUACAGCAGGAUAUGAGAAUGAGAACCACAGUGCUCCCAUGUUAUACAGCUGUGGGGCCCAGUACAGAAUACACACCCAUGGAGUCUUUAGAGGCAUACAAGAUGUCCGACGAGUUCCAGGAGUAGCUCCAACUAUUGUCCGAUCAGCAAGUGAGACAAAUGAAAAACGUCCCUUCAUGUGUGCGUACCCUGGCUGUAACAAGCGAUACUUUAAGUUGUCCCAUUUACAGAUGCACAGCAGAAAGCACACUGGUGAAAAACCUUAUCAGUGUGAUUUCAAGGACUGUGAACGAAGAUUUUCUCGUUCAGACCAACUCAAACGGCACCAAAGACGACACACAGGUGUGAAGCCCUUCCAGUGUAAAACCUGUCAGAGAAAGUUCUCCAGAUCUGAUCAUCUGAAGACUCAUACCAGGACUCAUACAGGUAAAACAAACAGCCACUGAGAAAACCUUAUCAGGUGUGGUCUUUUCCCAUCAUCCAUGUGACCUGCCAGCAAAUCCAAUAUGGUAAGCAAGCUGCUCCCAACAUCUUGUCCAAAAGUCUGACAACGGUCUGGAGUGGAUCGAGGGGCUUCAAGAAGGUCCCUGCAGCCCCACACCUCAGAGCAGCCUGGACCGAGCCUGAGGUGGGUACACAAAGGCGACCAGCAGGCAGAGGGAUGCUGCCAGAGGGGACACAAGUUCUGCUUCUCAGUUCUGCUUGGACCCUGUUUAUGCCUUCCCUGUAGGACAAGUACAGGCAGGAAAAAUCACUCAGCUUUUCAGCUGGGGAAGUCUUCCUUGCUUGGGUAAAAAUUCCAUUCCCCUCCCUCCCCUCCAAUUAACAAUAGAGUAAUUAAAGGCAGUGUGUGCAGUUCAGAAUGGCACUAAUGGACAAGAAAACCCAGCUGCAAUAUUUGGGAAGAUCCAAUAAAAGAUUCAUGAGGAUUCUUUUAGUUAUUGGAAGUCCUGAUGACACGAAGGAGGCUGAUGAAACAGAAGACCUGAUCACAAGAGCAAUGAGUUGUUAAAAAAAAAAACAAACUCAAAUCCCAACCCCACUGCCACCAUUCUAAAAAUUAGACAAUUAGGAGUAAAACCAGGAAUGUAGCCAGAACUAUUCCACCUCAAAUAAUAAACACAAGGAUAAGUUGCCAAGUGAGGUCAAAGAAUCAAAUGGUAAAGUGAGUUUAAGAGACAGCUAGACACUUUUAUGGGGAGAGAGGGGAUUGAAGGAUACAGUGACAAAACCACGGGUAGAGCUGAGAUAAACCCAGAGGACAGGCGCGGUGGGCCCAUUGCUGCAGAGAGUGCUCUAAGCUCCAGUUGCUCAGCAGAGGAGCAGAGCAGCUCUUGGUGUUCAGGGGAGACUGACCAGGGCUGUCAGCAGUGUCCUGUGAGGGAUGAAGCGAAACUGCCAGAACAGCUUGAAAGGAAGAUGAGCCUGGUAGACAGAAAUGAGGAUGCUCUCAAUGCUCUGGUCCUAAGUGCUGCCCUUGCUUUCUUUAAUAAGAUGUCCUGGCAGACUUGCUAAAAAACAGGUGUUUGAAGAACUUCUACCCAAGCAGCUUGUCUUCUUGGAAGUUAUCAAUGCAAAGCACAGAAAGAGACACCAUAAGGAAAAACAGAAAGAAAAGAAACCUUUGCAUUCUUCAUGAAUGACUCUCUGUAAUAUGGGAAAGAACAAGACUGGUUAGAAUAGGAUUCAUACGAGGCAAAGGCAAAAUAUACAAAGGUUAUGCUCUUCUCUGCUUGUACAAAGCUUUGCAUAUUUUCAUGUUGUCAGCACAGCCCGUGUCAAUUCCCAUAAAAAAGAGCUGGCAGAACUUCCAUGGCUUCAAAUAACAGCACAACAAAACCUAGUGUUAAGUGCUUGGUCUGGCCAUCUCCGUGCUGAUGAACAGAUGUGGCUUCAUCAGCAUGGUGCGGUUCUUAAAUCAUGCUGGUGAGGGAAUCAAGACCAGCUUGGCCUCUGGAAGUAAGCCAGGGCAUUAAAUAAAGUGCAGUUUUCUAUAUAGAAUGCAAUCCAAACACAAGUGCCAGCUUCUGCUGCUAAAAAAGUUAGCUUUGAUACCUCAAAGGGCUCUGAGCAGUGGGGAUGGCCUGAAAGAAUGUAAGCAUAGCAUGGAGGGAUCUUAUGCUAGGUGCUGUAGGAACACUGAACAGCAGGAAGACUCCGCCCUGAAGAAGUUGCAAGCCACAGAUAAAGCUUUAGAAGGAAAGUGUUUAAAGACACUGAAAAUCUUGAAUGGGAAAGCAUAGUCCCAGAUAGGGCUUUCUUAUUCCUGAUGAUUAAAUGCCUACAUCACAGGUAUAAAUAUAAUCCUAAAUAAUACUAUCACUAUUUUUUUAUGUGAAACAGGCUAGAUGUGUUCUGAUGAACUCUGGCAGAAUCAAGCUCUUAGUCUGCAAAAAUAGGCUGAGCAGGCAUGGAAAGGCUUGCCUGAUCAUUCUGGUUUGAAUGACAGGUUAAAUCUAAUAUAAAACCAGUUCCCCUUCCCCAGCAUCAAAAAAGCCCUUUUGGUGCAAGGGGAUAAAAAACAUACAGGGCACUGAGACACUUCAGCAGGGAAAUGCAGGAGAGAAAUACAACUUUAUUUAUUCUCAGGCUGUUUCUUUUUAUGGCUCAUUCUCAUCUGAGUCAUGCCUUAGAACUCCCAUUCAUUUGAAUGAAAUGUUGAAAAACAUAGCUACAAAAAAAGUAACGGCCUUGCCCGGAAAAAAUCCUGCCCCAGUGUUUCUUGGGAAAUGGUGUGUCCUCGUGCACAUGCUCUACUCAUACAAUAAUCACGUCUGCUUAAUGUUUCCUCUCAGGAAGGUCUCUGACAUUUUUAACUGUAUUGCUGAGGUUUUUAGGUUAAGUUAUCGGUCUAGCGGCACAGUAAAGGUACAUUGUAAAGGUAAAUAAAGAGGUUUUUAUCUACUGUAUGGCAAGGAUUCCAGCCCAACAAAGACCUGUAUUUAGAGUAGGAGAGCUGUUGCGCUCUCAAUCCACUAGACGGCUCAGCCUAGAGGGUUUCUUGCUCUCAGGACAGCGGUUCUGGAAUGCUCUGCAGCCAAGCCGCCCGCUCCAGCUGGAGGAAUUUCCUAACUUGCAACAGAAAGUUACAGGGCUUACAAAGCAGCAGUCAGAGCUGAAGGCUAUCAUGGAAUAUAACUCAAAAUGUAGUUCAGUAGCUUGAGUAUGAUAUUGUGCUGUUAUUGUAAUUACAGUAUUUAUCCAAGUGAUUCUGUGUGGCUGUUGGGAAUUACAGAGUUUUAAAAAUCUGGUUGUCUAGGGAAUUCUUCAAAGGCCAAGCUCCUGCUGUCCUUGAGGCAUCCUAGGAUGGCGCUUCAUGCUCUGAAGAGCUGAGUGCUGUAAAUCACUCAUUGCUCGUUACCUCAGAAGUGUGGAAAUGCAUGUUUCUGUUAUUAGAAGGAAGAAUUAAUAGAGAAUCAAAGAAAGGAAAGGUCACAUGGCAGCAGGAUUUUUAUUGCCUGCAAUGGAUCUUGCCCUGGUGGAAGUCUACUGGACCGUCUGAAAUAUAAAUCUCAAAGUUGUUGUACUGUUAUGGGAUGAAUGAAACUCUCCAGUGACUGAGCUGCUUCCUCACCCUGCUCCGAGCCGCAGGACUGCAGUAUGGCUUUUUGUCCUCCCCUUUGUGAAGCCAGUCAGAGGAGGACGAAUUGCAGUUUGCAAUACUGAAGGUCAUCACACGGGACAAACACCCUAAAACCAGUCUAAUAUUCCUAAGCUGUAUAAAUUCCUAGUGUCUGCUGCAGGCAGAAUCCAAACACUUGUGUCAAUUCUGUACCAUGCCCCAGACUGCCAAAAAACAUUAAUAUAAGCAUAUUUAUCUGGGCUGCAGUGUGUUACAAGAAUUCAUUAGGACAAUAUGUGAUAUGGUGCUGAAACAGAAGGCUGGGUUUCUCUGGCCAGAGAUGAGGAAGUCUAGUCCCUGCUGAACUUUUACUACUGAUAAAGACAAUGUCUGCUGGCAGCAUUCAUUUUUUACUAGGCCAUCUGCAUCUAGUCAAGGAUAACUUGACUUUCCAAAAAAGCCAUUCAUCAGAAUCAACCCUGUACAACUUUCUCUUGAUGAGUAAAGCAACACAAAGAACGACCAAGAUGGUUAAUAAACUUCCUUGGGAGCAAAAGGUCAAUGCUGGUGUAAACAAAGCAGUGUCAUAGUACUAUACAGAAGCAUUGAAGUUUCCUGCGUGUUUAUAUGGCUGAUGCCCCAUUUAUUUUUUAUCAGUGUUUGUUAUCAUUUAUUUUGCUCUGCUUUAGCUGAUCUAUAAAUCUUUAUAACAGUGUUCUUUAUUUUCUUAAUUUUGUCAUCUCUCUUAUCAGCUUUUAUCACCUGUUUGUGUCCAGUAUGUUUGCUACUCUCUGCUGCUUGAUGGCUACCCAUGAUUAGUUUCGUUAACCCUUUAGUUCUCAUCUACCACACACAGGGCUAAUAGUUAAAAGUCAGAAUAUCCUUUUUUUUCCUAAAGCUAAAUCAAACCCCAAAGGAAUUUCCAUUGUCCCCUAAAUAAAUCAUUAACUAUUAAAGGUAAAAAAUGAAUGGGUGCACUGAUGGGGAAAUGCUCCUGCUCCAAGUGACGGAGCCUUUCAUUUAGCUACAUAACACCGAAAGACUAAGCAGUACCCAUGUUGUUUUUCACUUCAGACCUUUAUCAUUGUACUUCAGAUCCAAACUGGAGAGUCCUAGACUUGCAUCGUGUGGGAAGGUAACAAGUUGCUCUUCCUGCUUUCCCAGCCUUUAGCUUUCGUGCUUUCUGGCUGCACAUGUGGACAAUGCAGCCAUUAGAAACUGGACAGAAGUCCCCAUGCUCCCAUCACAUCAAUCACUGAUCAUCCCGCCAAACAUUUUAUUAUGAGCUUGGGCUACAUUAUAGACAGUCAGCUAACAGAGCAUUCCAUAUCCACAAUGAUAAGCAUGAAGCAGCUGAUACCUUGGUAAUGUUAUGUGGCUAUUCAGUGAUACUUGUCUUAGAGCCACAAUAUUUAAAACCUCAUGGAUAGGUCAGAGAUAUUUGCUGAGAGAAGAAAUAUUUACUUGAGCACAUCAGGGAGCGCUGAAAUUGUUCAUUAAAGAAUAUAACAGAAAAAAGUGAUUUUUUCCUAGAGAAGAUCCUCUAGAAUUCACUUUUUUCCCUCCCUGAUGUGUUAUUUUGUUUCAUGUAAUUAGAUUACAAAAAAUUUUGUACAGUCUAGGUAUCCAAAAUCAUAUAAAAAAAUUGGAUUGACCCAAACCAGUUUUGGGGCGAUGGACUUAGCAAAACACAUACUGUUCUUUUUAAGGGUUUACAUAUUGAAACCUUUUGUUUAACAGAGACUUACGCAAUGUAAUAUCUAAUGGCAUCAGAUUAUUUAUUGGAACUGGGUACUAUGGGGAAAUAAAACCCACUAAAGUUCUCAAUUAACUAUGAUUUUUGAGACCAGCCAGUUACAACAUUAAUCUCCCCUGUUAAUAUCAAUGUAAUAUGGUGUAAUGUACUUCUAAUACUAUGAGCUUCUGCUGAAUCUGCAGUCUUAGACUUUUACUUAGGAAAGCCUCAUGUUCCUGAAGUUAAUAGGAGUAGGAAUUUUAUCCAGCCAAAAACUGGAUUAGGUUCAAACCCACUGAUUGUUCCAAAUUUAGCAUCCUAGUUAUUCCAUGAGUAUACAGUUAGAGGAUGUUCUGUCACAUUGAUAUCAAGAUUACAGGAAGGUCUCUGUAUUGGGAUUAUAUUCUGUACACCAUGUACUUCAGAUGGAUUGCAGUUCCUCUGAUAUGUGAUUCCACAUUUAACACUAUGAGAUCUGUAUAUUAUUGAAGUAGAAUUAAAUUUCAGGUGACAGAGAAAUUUAGGGCAGGAUUUUUUUUGUGCAUAUGCAUUUUGUUGGUUUUUUUUUAACUUCCCCUCUACGCCUGGAACAAAUAUUAGCAGAUAGGGGUGAGCUAAUCUUGAAACCCAGUUGAAAUACCAGCCCAAAACAUGAACUCACUUUAGGAGCAAUGUAGUGAAUAGCCAUGAAAUGUAUAACAUUGUUUUUAGUCAGGGGAAAUUUUGUCAUUGUGUGUUGUUUAACUUGGCCAUUUGCUGGAAAUAGCUUAGUACAUUCCUGGCUCUUUUUUCGCAGAGAUCCAUCUUUGGAGACAGGGUUGUUGUUUUACAUUUUAAAUGUUUUUAUUUAGACAUAUACUAAAUUCAGAAAAAUAAAUCAUAAGUAACCCAGCUGGAUUUUCAAUCGUACUUUUAAAUCAAAGAUUAUUGUGAUUGACUUUUUACAUCCCUCUCUUUAAUUAUCACUGUAUUUAGAAUUCUGACCUUUUCUGAAAACAUUAGUAACUGGUGAAAACAAUUUUGCCUUCUAGUGGAAAUCCUGGAUUUCUCUGCACUGUGCAGAUUGCUUGAGCUGACUGGCAUGAAAUUUAAUUUGCAUUAAUCAGCCACAGGCAAGGGCAAAAUGGAAUAACGAUGACCCAUGAGAGUAGGAUUUUAGAGUAUUUACAAAUCUAUGCUUGUGAGCAGCAUGGAAAAGCAAUGGCUAGGGCAGGGCAUGUUCUGUCUGAUUCAUGAUGCGAAUCACCCUAAUCCAGCUUGGUUGUCAGAAGAAUUUGGGCUAUGUUCUUUGAGCACAAGGCCCUUCAGCUGCCAUUUGACAAAGAGCAUAGGGUGCGAUACUUAGGGAGAAUUUGCCACAGUGAAUACAAAUUAAAACAUUCCAGCUUUGGCAGGUGUACAUGAUCCAGCCCCAAACACCCACACAACCAACCACCAGCGCCGAUGCUGCACUAAGAAAGACCCAAGCUAGGAGCAGCCCGAGGCGUUCAGCCAUGUCUGCGCGCUGCUGCCCAUGGCACUUGUUACCUUCGACACAACACUGACUAAAACUUCUCCUGUGUGCUGUACCCUGUAGUGGAGUGUGAAUUAUGUGCUUCAGAGAUUUGAUAAAAAGUAUUUUUGAGGGCAUAAUUUUGGCUUGCAUGAACAAGCUACUGAAAUUGGAGUUUGAGGCCUCCUUGUGCGAGAUGGGCUGCAGAAAUGUUUGUGAACCAGCUGGGAGCCUUUGAGAUAUCGGUUCAAAACCACAAGAUAGUUCAUUUUGACUUGAAGAUUUCCAUCACAUCCCAGUGCUAAAUCCAGUCAAUAAUUAUAUUGCAGGCAAAAGUAUCUGCCUGGUUAAACUGUUCCUUGAGAACUUUCACUACCAUUCUUGGUUUCAUUUCCGUAAUUAGGGUCUGCACCAAUCACAGAGUCAGUAACACAUGGUGGACAAAGAGUGUUUUAAACAUACGGAAUGGAAUUAUGCAGCAAUGAAAUUACAUAUGACUUUAUUUCCAGCUAAGCUAAAUGUGAUGCUGAUUGUUUAGUGCAUAUCAUAAUGCAUUUGGUGCUGCUCGGUGUACUAAUUUCCUCCAUGCCAUUAAUUCAUCUUAAUUUCUUGUGUGGAGUUACUACGUUGUUACUACAUUGAUGUGGCUUUGAACUCUGAAACGUUGGAGUGUAAAGUAUAUCGCUAUGUUAUUUACGGAUAUGAAAUGAUUUUUUCAGAUGGGUGACCAAACUUACGCCUGUCUCCCAAAUUUCAGUUUCAUUGGGCUGAAUUUAUAUUUAAUCUUUUGGAUCUUUAUUUGUGGAAAUAAAAUGCUGAAAAGUGCUGGGUCAAGUUAAAAGUGUUUUUUUUCAAACCCCAAACUGAAUGUUUUGGUUCAGUAUCUUAUGAGAAGAGCAAAGGGAGUGAAGGGUACAGAACUGCUUAUAAAAGAUGACUUUUACUCAAUGCUAUGGAAUGAGAGCAUUUGAGCUGCAGAAAAUGUGAGUUCAAUUUUUCCUUUGUUUGGUGUAAUUCCAGGAAUCGCUUUCAUAAGAAGCAAGUGCAACAUAGAGAUUUCCAUCAGGCAAGCAAAUCACGUUUUUAUCUGCAGAUGUAGGAAUAGUGUUGUUUUUUUUUCAUUACACCAGAUAAAUUAGAAAAAAUGACCCUGGUAACACUGGAAGAGCUUGGACAAUGAUUACCUACUACAGACUUCACAGGCACUGAAGCUGUCAGGCAACACGCUCAUGGUAUCAUUAGUGAAUUAUACCUUAAAUCACUUAGUUUUAAUUUACGAGUUGAAGUCUCACUCAGAACAAAGAUGAACAAAAAUUGUUGCUGUCAGUAACAUGCCUGAAAAGAGGCUUUUAGUCUGCGCUGAGUUCUUUGCAGCAGAUUGUAAACACAAUGAAAACUCUGUAACAGAGGAACUAGCCAGAAUUUCAAUCCAUCUGUAACUGUAGUUAAGAAACUCAAUGUUCAAAAUGUGAAAGGUAUAAAAUUUACAGCCAUGGAACAGUAAUACUUCGCAUUUCAGAGAUGUAUUGUUUCCUUCAAGAAACUAACAAAAAUAGAUUGUGCUAAAACAUGGGUACAUGAUACAAUGGAAAAAUCUCUAGUAAAGAAAACUUUGGUUAGGGGUCACUAACUUGA